AUGACAUCCCUCUUUAACGGCGCACGCACCCUCGCCAGCUCGUUCGGCCGCCUCUCGCUCGCUUCCUCAUCGUCGACCCUCCUUGCGCCCGCAAAGGCCAGCAACGCCCUCUUCCAGCCGCGGAAUGUCCUCCAGGUCCGCAACAAGGCUCUCAUGCCCCGACGGGUGAAGCACCGCAAAGCCGCAAAGGGACGGGUGCCCCUCGCGCUCGGAGGGUCCAUCAAGGGAACCGUUCUCGAGCACGGCGACUACGGCUUGCGGGCGAACCAGGCGACGCGGUUGACGGCCAAGCACCUCGAGGUGUGCGAGGCGACGCUCAAGAAGGCGCUCAAGCCGAUCAGGGGUUGCCAGAUCUGGCUGCGACUGUUCCCUGAUAUCCCCGUGUGCAUCAAGGGUAACGAGACUCGUAUGGGCAAGGGCAAGGGAACGUUCGAGUACUGGGGCACCCGGGCACGGAUGGGCAAGGUGAUCCUGGAGAUUGGCGGACCCAACCUUCGACCCGAAAUGGCGAAGACAGUGCUCCGCCUCGCGUCCGCCAAGCUCCCCUGCACGACCGAAUUCAUCGACCGCAACAGCUCAGCACGACUCGGGUUCGACCUCGUCCCGCAUGUUCCGGCCAAGUCGCCAGUAACGACUCGCGGCGAGCUCGCGGCGGCACAAGCGGCGGCGGCAGCACCUGUUGAAGCACCAGCACCCAACCUGUAA